UGAUUGCAUUAAAUUUCACUUGACUUCAUGUCGCGGGCGAGCAAUGCUACCCUUUGUUAAGAGAAGUGCUGAGAAAUCUCGUUUAGAAACAAGACUGGCUUAAUCAAACCGUCGGUGUCGCCGAGUUUCUCGGUGCUCGUUCUGAAACGUGAAACCGCUCGUUCCGAGUUCAUUCACGGAACUUCUUUUUUCACAAGCUAGCGUGUUAGCCGUGCUGACAACUGUUCGGAAAGAUGUCGCUUCACGGCAAGAGAAAAGAAAUCUACAAAUACGAAGCUCCAUGGACGGUGUACGCCAUGAACUGGAGCGUCCGUCCGGACAAACGCUUCCGGCUGGCUCUGGGGAGUUUUGUAGAAGAAUACAACAACAAGGUUCAGCUGGUGGGUCUGGAGGAGGAGAGCUCAGAGUUUGUGUGCAGGAACACGUUUGAUCAUCCUUACCCCACCACCAAGAUCAUGUGGAUCCCAGACACCAAGGGGGUUUACCCAGACCUGCUGGCCACCAGUGGGGACUAUCUGCGCAUUUGGAGGGUCAGCGACACAGAAACGCGUCUUGAAUGUUUGCUGAACAACAACAAAAACUCAGACUUCUGCGCUCCUCUCACCUCCUUUGACUGGAAUGAAGUUGAUCCCAACCUGCUGGGAACAUCCAGCAUCGACACCACCUGCACUAUCUGGGGACUGGAGACUGGCCAGGUGUUGGGCAGAGUCAACCUGGUCUCUGGACAUGUGAAGACCCAGCUGAUCGCUCAUGACAAAGAGGUGUACGACAUCGCCUUCAGCCGCGCAGGAGGAGGCAGAGACAUGUUCGCCUCUGUUGGUGCCGACGGAUCCGUUCGUAUGUUCGACCUUCGGCAUCUGGAGCACAGCACCAUCAUCUACGAAGACCCCCAGCACCACCCGCUGCUCCGCCUCUGCUGGAACAAACAGGACCCCAACUACCUGGCCACGAUGGCCAUGGACGGCAUGGAGGUGGUCAUCCUGGAUGUGCGCGUGCCGUGCACUCCCGUGGCUCGGCUCAACAACCAUCGCGCCUGCGUUAACGGCAUCGCCUGGGCGCCUCAUUCUUCGUGUCACAUCUGCACUGCAGCGGACGACCACCAGGCUCUGAUCUGGGACAUCCAGCAGAUGCCUCGCGCCAUCGAGGACCCCAUCCUGGCCUACACGGCUGAAGGGGAGAUCAACAACGUGCAGUGGGCCUCCACGCAGCCGGACUGGAUCGCGAUCUGCUACAACAACUGCCUGGAGAUCCUCCGUGUCUGAAGCCGCAAGAAAAGGAGCGCUGUUUCACAUCUGGACUUGUCGUCCUCAUCCCUCUGUUUUCAGGGCAGAGGCGAGGCCUCGGCUGAACUUCCUGAACAUGUUCGGAGUGUCACACGCCUGGUUUACAUUUGUUCUUCAUCAUGUCUGCUCUGGUUUUUAUUAAACGUGCGUGAGUAAGCUCUUAUUUAUUUUGCUCAGCAGCUGAAAGACGCGUCAGUGCUGUGAUUUCGGAGCUGGCGUUCAGUUUUUUUAUACUCCUCGGUGUCGUUUCAGCCGGACGAAAGGCUAAAGGGAGGGCGUUGGAUGUCGAGGUUGCUCCAAGCUGCUGUAACUGGCAGAAGAUGAUGACCUCGUUAAUAUGUAGGUUCAUGUUGUAGCCUGUUGGUGGAUACAUACCAUAAUUUUGACGAGUAUAUUUCAGCCCUGUUUGCUUAUGUGGCAGUUUCGGCUGCCCUCUGUGUGGAUGAGUGUGUGACCUGUGCGACUU